CUCACUCCGGAAAUUUUUCACUUUAGAUCCGAACACAGAAUGGCUCCAACUCCACACCCAUUCGACUCUGCCAGAGACUACGAAGUCAGAUUGGCCUCCAAAUUGGUCAAGGACGCCUACCCAGCCGAAGCUAAUGUCCACUUUGUCCAGAUCGACAGACUCGAUCCUCCCAAGAAGGACAUGAUCAAGUACUUGGAAGCUGAGAAGCACGGCUUGCCAUUGCCAGCCAUCCCCAGAGUGUUCUACGCCUACUACUGGACCAACACCUUGGAAUUCAACAAGGCUUUGGUCAACGUCACUGUGGGCCAUGUCAUCACCAGAACCAAGUUGCCCAAGGGUGUCUGUGGUCCAUUGUUGCCUGACGACAUGAUGGAAUGGGAAGAGUACUGUACCAACCACCCUGUUGUCCAGGCCGAAAUUGCCAAGUUGAAGUUGCCAGCUGGCUACACCGUUAGAAACGACCCUUGGAUCUAUGCCACCGACGAUCCCAAUGAAAGAAGACCUUUGGUCCAGUUCUUCAUGUAUGUCCUUGCUGGUAACGGCCAUACUGAGUCUAACCACUACUCCUUGCCAUUGAAGUUCUCGCCUGUCUUUGAGUGUUUCUCCAAGAAGUUCAUCAGAAUGGACUACUUGCCAGGAGGCUUCGACGAGACUACCACUCCUACCGGGCCAUGGCAACAGGUUCCUUGUGUGGAAUACCAUCCAGACUUGAACGGAGAAUCCAUUCCUAGAGAAGUCAAGCCUUUGCUCAUCACUCAGCCAGACGGUCCUUCUUUCACUGUCGAAGGUGGAAAGGUCAAAUGGCAAGGAUGGGAAUUCAGAGUAUCCUCCUCAUCCAGAGAAGGUUUUGCUGUCUACGAUGUCAGCUUCAAGGGCAGACAAGUUUUCUACCGUAUCUCUUUGUCUGAAAUGACAGUUCCAUACGGUGACCCUAGAGCUCCUUACCACAGAAAGCAAGCCUUCGACUUGGGUGACUGUGGUUUCGGUACCAACGGUAACCACUUGAACUUGGGUUGUGAUUGUUUGGGAACCAUCAAGUACAUGGACGGUUACGGAAUCCAUGCCAAUGGUGAACCUUAUGUCAUUCCAAACACCAUCUGUAUGCACGAACAAGACAACGGUAUCUUGUACAAGCACGUCAACUACAGAACCAACAACGCUGUCGUUGCCAGAAAGAGAGAGUUUGUCGUUCAAACCAUUGCUACUGUUGCCAACUACGAGUACGUCAUCAACUUGAAGUUUGUCAACGACGGUUCCAUCGACAUCGAAACCAGAGCCACUGGUAUCUUGUCCACCAUGCCUAUUGAUGAAAACGUCAAGGUUCCAUGGGGUACUAUUGUUGGACCAAACGUUAUGGCUGCCUACCAUCAACAUAUCUUGUCUUUCAGAAUCGACCCAGCAGUUGAUGGUCACAAAAACACUGUUGUCUUCGAUGAUACUCUCAAGUUGCCCAGAUCCAAGUUGAACCCAUACGGUAUCGGUUUCGUUUCUGACAGAAAGUACGUUGAAAAGGCUGGCUACGUCGAGCAGUCUCCUUUCACCAACAGAACCUACAAGAUCAUUAAUGAAAAUGUCAUUAACCCAAUCUCGAAGACUCCAGUUGGUUAUAAGAUUGCCAUGCCUGCUAGACAGAUGAUCUUGGCCGAUGAUGACUCGUUCAACGUCAAGAGAGCCAAGUUCGCUACCCAACAGGUCUGGGUCACUAAGUACAGAGACCAUGAGUUGUUUGCUGCUGGUGAAUUCACCAACCAGUCCCAAAAUGAUACUGGUCUUGGUGAAUGGGCUAACGGUACUGAUGAUGUCAGAAACGAAGACAUCGUUGUCUGGGCUACCUUGGGUUUCACGCAUAUUCCAAGAGUUGAAGACUUCCCAGUCAUGCCUGUUGAAACCCACAACAUCCACUUGGUUCCUUUCAACUUCUUCGACAAGAACCCAGCCUUGGAUAUCCCUCAAUCCAACCAAGCCUUCAACAAGUCUACUUUGUACACUGGUGGCAAGGAAGAGCCAGCUUGUUGCAAGACCAAGAUAUAAAGACUUUAGAUAAGUUUAGAUUUGGGUUUUAUGGUGUAUAUAUAUAGAAUAAUUGAAGUCAUAUGAAG